AUGGCCGUUCUUAGUUGGUGGAGCGAUUUGUCUGAGGGACCGGCGGCUUCGAGCCGCACGAGAUUGAGCAAUAACAGGUCUGUGAUGCCCUUAGAUGUCCUGGGCCGCACGCGCGCUACACUGAAGGAAUCAGCAUGUUCUCCCUGGCCUAGAGGCCCGGGCAACCCGUUGAAUCUCCUUCGUGCUGGGGAUUGGGGUUUGCAAUUAUCCCCCAUAAACGAGGAAUUCCUAGUAAGCGCGAGUCAUAAGCUCGCGUUGAUUACGUCCCUGCCCUUUGUACACACCGCCCGUCGCUACUACCGAUUGAAUGAUUUAGUGAGGUCUUCGGACCGACACGCGGUGGCUUCACGGCCGUCGGCGUUGUUGGGAAGUUGA